AUGUUCUUGCUCCAGAGACACAAAGUAUUUGUAGCACUCGUUAAAGACAUUCUGUUGGACCUCGUCGUCUGUCGGCUUCGUAUGCGAAUUCUCGAUCAGUUCAACAAGAUUAGACAUGUCUCUUGGAUCGUAAUUUUUAAAAGCAAAAAAAAGUGGUUGAGUCCGCGACCUUUUUUUUUAAUAAAUAAACAAUAUGAGGUGAGUUUAAACGUUAACCCAACUAACGCAAUUAGUGGACGGUUUGUUCGGGCAUCCAAAUUCAGACACGUUUUUGGACAACCUUUCAAGAAGGAGAAGUGUUAUGAGAAUUUGAAAGUGACCAUUAGUGCUUUUGAUAGUAACAUCGUGAAAUGCAACGGUAAAUAUAUCAGUGUCAAUGCCAAUGGAAUCGGGUCGUUCAUAGUGAUUCCUGUCGAGGAAGUCGGCAAAGCCCCAGAUAAGGUGCCAAUGUUCCGAGGCCAUACUGGAGGAUCCGUUAUGGACACAGAUUUCAAUCCUUUUGAUGAGAACAAGCUGGCAUCUGCUGGAGAGGACGGGAAAAUCUUACUUUGGGAAAUUCCUGAAGACUACACUUUCACCAAGAUUGAUACCGACAAAAUUGUCGAUGUUGCGCCAGUGGCCGCUUUGACUGGUCAUUCCCGUAAAGUCGGACACAUUUUGUACCACCCGGUGGCCGAAAACGUUCUUGCUUCGUCCUCGUUCGACUACUCCAUCAAGAUCUGGAACCUGGACACACUGAAAUGCGAAAAGACAUUGCAACACAAGGACCUCGUGACAAGUUUUUCCUGGAACUUUGACGGAACCAAAAUUGUCACUGCUUCUAGAGACAAGAAGCUCAGAGUUUGGGACGUCCAGACCGGAGAAAUCAUCUCUGAGGGACCAGGCCAUACCGGAGCCAAGGUUUCCAGAGUUUGCUGGCUCGGAAACACAAAUAGAUUGGCCACCACUGGUUUUGAUAGAUACUCCGAAAGACAGCUGGGAGUCUGGAACGCGGAUAAGAUCGAAGACGGCCCAAUUGGAGGAUUCUACUCCGUGGACGCCUCUUCUGGUGUUUUGAUGCCGUUCUUUGAUCCAUCUACCAACAUUCUGUUUGUUGCCGGAAAGGGAGACGGAAAUGUCAGAUAUUACGAGUACGAGAAGGACGAGCUGUACUUAAUUUCCGAGUACCAGUCCACGUCUCCACAACGUGGCUACGCUGUUGGACCGAAGAAACACGUCAGUGUCAAGGACAACGAGAUUGUUCGUGCGUACAAGUUGCUGAACGACAACUCGGUGGAGCCAAUCUCGUACAUUGUACCAAGACGGUCUGAGAUGUUCCAGGAAGAUAUUUACCCUGAUGCCCCUGCAGGCGUUCCUGCAUUGAGCGCCGAGGAAUUUUUUGCCGGUAAGAAGAGUGGUCCCGUGCUGGUGUCCAUGAAGGAUCUUUACGAGGGAGUCGACUCUCCAGCUACUACUGUGGACGAGACCGAGAGAAAGGUCGAGGAACAGACUGAGCAGCCUAAAAAAGAGGAGCCAAAGAAGGAGCCAAAGAAGGAGCCAAAGGAAGCGCCAAAGGAAGAGCCAAAACCUGAGGUUAAAGAGGAGCCAAAGGCCAAAGCGGUUGAUUUUUCGUCCAAUACUGGUACCAUCGACGACCUGAAGAACCAGAAAGAGGUCACCUCUUUGCUGAACAAGGUGCACGACCUGUCGGACGACGACACCCAGGACGUUGAUGGCGACGAUGACGACGACUGGCAGCAGGUUCCUCGCGAGGUUGAGGCCAAGAAGGAGACCACUCCAGCCAAGGAAGAACCAAAGGUCGUGUCUGCUCCAGAGAAAAAAGAACAGCAGGAGACACCAAAGCCGGAAGAGUCUGUUAAGACCGUUGCCGAGAGCGAGACGCCUGUUGAGGAGAAAGAGGUGCCAAAGUCUGCUGUAACCGAAGAGCCAAAAAGUGUUCCUGCCUCAGCCGCCUCUGCAGGUUCUGCUGGUUCUGCUGCUGGACGUGCUGCUGGCGGUCUAAAGACUUCGAUCGAGAAGCUGCAGACCCUGGUUACGAACCUGGAAUCGGUCGUGGAGCAAUUGCAGGCGUCCAACUUGGCCAAGGACAAAAAAUUGGAAUCUUUGGAAGAAAAGAUCGACCAGUUAUUGACUAAAUCUAUUUGA